UCCGUGGCACGGAUCGUCUCGUACGACCAGUCGCUCCUGAUCGAAAAUAAUGCUUCGAUGUUAAGUAUAACGUGAACAUCGUCGCGCGAAACGUGAGAAAAAAAAAAGGAACAAACGUGGACGGCUUCGUUAGGCGCUCUAUCGUCAACCAAAUUUCUCGCGUUCGUGGAAUCCUGUGACGUCACAUCUGGUCGCGACUGUGCACGAUCAAGUCAAGGCCGUGCGAGAAUCCACUCGUUAAUGGACUCGGAAGAGGGAUGCUGCUCGUUUAACGCAUCUCUGUUCUCUGUCAUGAGGGAAAAACUGUCACAGAGAGAAAAGACGCGAUGCGUGUCUUUUUAGAGGGAAAAACGCUAUUCCUAGCUUCGAGCUCUACUAGACUCUAAUUUGUAUCAACUAUAUAAAUUUGCUAUGUAAAUCGCUUCCCCUCUAUGAAUUUCCUAACUUGCCAAGAACCCGAUGACGCUCACUAAUUUGGCACUUAUACUAAAUGAUAGAAAAUAUUACAAAGUCGACUAUAUUGUAUGAUUAGAGAGAUGAUCCCAGUGAUAUUUCUGACAUACUUGCUGCAAAAUGUAUACAUCGAGAUUAAUGCUGUACAGAUUUUACAAGGAUGCAGCGGAAGAAUACGUUAGUAGUUCUGGUGUGGGCGAGGCGAGCGUGUAUCAUGCAUUAGUUGUAAUAUUCUUGGAAUUCUUUGCAUGGGGAUUAUUGACCAUGCCUAUUAUUUCGGUAUUGAAUGAAACAUUUCCGGAUCAUACGUUCCUAAUGAAUGGUUUGAUAAUGGGAAUUAAAGGAAUCUUAUCUUUUCUCUCUGCGCCACUGAUCGGUGCCCUGUCCGACGUAUGGGGUCGAAAAUUCUUUCUACUUAUCACAGUGGCCUUCACAUGUGCACCGAUUCCUCUAAUGAGCAUUAAUACAUGGUGGUUUUUUGCCAUGAUUUCCAUUAGCGGCGUAUUUGCCUGCACAUUUUCAGUGGUAUUUGCAUAUGUCGCAGAUGUAACAGAAGAAAAUCAAAGAUCGCUAGCGUAUGGUUUGGUAUCUGCAACUUUUGCUGCAAGUAUGGUAAUAAGUCCAGCUUUGGGUGCUUAUACCAUGACAACGUAUGGAGAAAAUCUUGCCGUAGCAUUAGCAACUGCUAUUGCAGUCUUGGAUGUGUUUUUCAUAUUAGUGGCUGUACCUGAAAGUUUGCCUGAAAAAGCACGUCCACCAGCACCCAUAUCAUGGGAGCAAGCUGACCCAUUUGCUGCUCUUGGAAAGGUUGGAAAAGACCAUACCAUUCUAAUGCUGUGUGUUACCGUGUUCCUGAGCUAUCUUCCUGAAGCAGGACAGUAUAGUUGUAUAUUUGUUUAUUUAAAAUUGGCUAUGGGCUUCUCCGGUUUCAUGGUGGCUAUAUUUAUUGCUGUGGUGGGCAUCCUGAGUGUGGGAGCGCAGAUUGUAUUAGGACCCUUGAUGAGAACACUUGGUAGCAAACAUACUAUAAUGCUUGGUCUGUUAUUUGAGAUGUUACAACUCAUGUGGUACGGAUUCGGUUCGCAAACAUGGAUGAUGUGGGCUGCUGGAGUACUUGCCUCUGUAUCAAGCAUAACGUAUCCCGCAAUUUCUGCGUUCGUAUCCAUGCAUUCCGAUGCUGAUAAGCAAGGAUUAGUACAAGGCAUGGUAACAGGAAUGCGUGGUCUCUGCAAUGGACUUGGUCCUGCUAUGUUUGGUGUUAUAUUCUAUCUUUUUCACGUUGAUCUUAACGACGAUACGCCUAAUCUUCCCUUGAAGCCAUCAUUUGUGGAUGAGAACAACAGGACGGGAACUAGCACGCAUCUUGAUAUAAUGCCUCAGCUUGUACCAGGACCGCCGUUCGUGUUUGGUGCAUUACUUGUGAUCUGCGCGCUGUUAGUAGCUGCGUUUAUUCCCGAAUCAAAUACCAUGUCGACAGGAUCGUUACAUCAUCCAUCCACAUCCCGGAGGCCCUCCGGUAAAUACGCAUAUCAGAAAUGUUUAUCUUUGGAUGUUCAGUACGAGGGAGACCGAACGGGAAGUGGAAGAGGAAAGAUCGGUCCAUUAUCGCCACUAGUCGACAAUUGUAAUUCCGCCGCGCUAUAGUGUCUAUUGAAAAAAAGUAAAGCAAGUCAUACCAUAUGAUGAAAAUGUUAAUAGCUGAGCGAUAAAACUCGAGCUUUUAAUCGAGCGAAAAAAGUCGUCGCUCUAUAAAGUGCACCUGACUCGAAUGAAGAUUGUAAUAGAAUUGUCUAUAUUGUAUUAUACUAUUUGUUUAAGGCAAUAACUAUAAAAUUGAUUUUAGAACUAUUGAUGGAACUUAAUGUUUAGGUUGUGACAAAUUUCUCACAAGCAGUGCUUGUGCAAUGAUACGUGGGUUGAUCUCAAAGUCGAGUAUAAUCGUAUUACAAGCAUAUUAUGUUAUGAAAUGCGUGUUAAAUUAGCUCUUCCUUUUCAAGAUUCUUGCGCCGACUACUAAAUGACAGAUAUGACCGCUUUUAUGCAAAGUAUCAGUGACUCCUAGUUUAUGCAGUUCGCCAAUAGCACAAAAUGGCACAUCGAUGAAAGUUAUAAUCAGUAUUUUUUAUUAGACUUAUAUAACAUAAUAAUUGAUUCUUUACUUUGAUGUCGUAUCCUUUUCCCUUAUAUUUCUGAUUUAUGUUUUCACUUUUUACAUUAUAUGCUAAUAGCACUUGAUGGAAAUUACAAUGUAUCUUUUGCAUCUAUAUAUGUUUAUACAGCAGUAAGAAUAGAUUUUACACAUUCCUUAUAAAUAAUUUUUACACACAAUACAUCAGAAUAAUUGAAAAAGAUUAAAAUUUUGCAGAUUGUAUUUCUUUUUAUACAAACACAAUAUGAUUAUUACUUGUCAUACAUCACCCAGUAUAAUUUAACUAAUAUCUGUAAAUCAUAUAAUCCGUCUCGUUUUGCACAAACUAUUUAUUUUAAUAGAUACUAUGAACACAACGCGAAAGGCCUCAACAUGAUAGCAGCAGAUUAUACAUAGUUUGUCAUUCAAAGGCAAUGGUAGACGUCAAUAUUAUGACUAAUGAAAUUGUAUUAUUAAUUGAAAACCAAUAGUAUUCUUAAAUUUAUGCGUGUUAUAAUCGGAGUCAUUGAUGUUAUAAAAUGAAAAGAAAAAAAAUUUUAUGAUAGAAUAGAGCUUUGUAUAUUUUGCUUCUAUUUUAUAGAAAAAUAUCA